AUGCCUUGCCGUACAUCUCUCCAGACUUUUUCCACCAUUCCGCCAGCGCCCGAGCUGGAGAGCCAAAGCACAAAGCACACCGUCCAGCUUUCUGCAGCUGCAGCCUUGUACUUGGGGUGGAGUGCGACGGACAUCAUGGUGGGGACGGGCACAGUCACAGCCACGGUCACGGUCACGGUCACAGUCAUCAUGGUAGUGGCGACGCUUGUUUGGAUUUAUGCUCUGCGAGCGUCCGGCAGCAGCAUCCAGUCACUUCGCACAUCAGGGCAGCUGGAGAAAAGGUCCCUGCUGGGACCGCGGCGGCUCUCAUCGUUCGGGCUUGGGGAAGAGAUUUGCACAAAGUGCUGCGUGCACGGCGGCGACGAGGGCAACGAACUGUGUGCUAUGAACGGCUGCAAGCCCCACCAGUCCAUCAAAACCAAGUUCUCCGUCCGCAACCUCUGCUGUGAUUCUGAGGUGAAGCUAAUUCAAAGGCUCCUGGAACCAAUGAAGGGAGUGGAGACUGUAUCAACAAACCCCUUCACCAAGCUCACCGUGGUGGCGCACUGCCCGGUCCGAUGUUGCAGCGCGCCCGAAGCAAUCCUGGAGACAUUGAACAACGCAGGGCUCGGAGCCGCCCUGCUGGGCCAGAAUGAUGAGACUGGCGAGGAGGAAGAUGUGAGCUGCCUCCGGUGGAUCUGGGCCCAUUUAGGUGCCAUCGCUCUGUUCGCAGCUACUCGCUUGUAUGGGUUCACGGGUGGCCAGAACGGGUGUCGGAAGAGGGCCAUCAUUCUGUGCAUCGUUGGUGCCAUUCUGGUUCCCAAUGGGCACCUUGUGGGUGGCCAGGGCUGCUACUUCUUAGCCAUCAUCCUCGGCUUGCCCAUACUGCUGUUCGACUCCGCUCGGGCGCUAUCCAAGUGCCAGCUGGACUUGACGACAUUGGUCAUCAUAGCUGCUGCCGGUGCCGUCGCUCUGGGGGAGGUCUUUGAUGCAGCUUUGGUGGUCGUUCUCUUUAACCUUGCCAAGGUUUUGGAGGUGACGGCCACGAACCGCGUGUCACGUUCCCUUCGGGCUGUAAUGCAGCUUUCCUCAGUUCGAAUGGUCUCCUUGGCAACUGGUAAGUCGGUGGCUACCACAGCUCUUAAAAUCGGCGACGUGGUUACUUUGAGGCCUGGCGAGGAAUGUCCUGCUGAUGGCAAGGUGACCCGUGGCCAGGCGUCCUGCUCAGAGGCUGCGCUCACCGGCGAGGCGCGCCCAGUUGAGAAAAGCGUCGGAAGUUGGAUGACUUCAGGAACGCUCGUGCUAAAUGGAUAUCUGGAAAUUACUGUGGACAAAGAUGCCGGAGACUCUGCACUUAUGCAGCUGGAAGAACAAGUGCAGGAAGCCCAGAUGCAGCGGACUGGAAAGCAGAUUUUUCUGGAGCGCUUUGCUGCGGUUUGGACACCUUUUGUCUUGGCCAUCGUGAUAGUAGUAUGCACCUUGGUGCCCUUCUUCACGGAUAAAGACUACCGGUCAUGGAUCAACAAGGGCCUCGUCAUCCUGCUUACGGCCUGCCCUUGUGCUAUUGUUAUCGGGGCGCCGCUGGCCACUACCUGCGCUAUAGCAGCGGCUGCCACAAAAGGCUUGUUCAUCAAGAGACCAGACACUGUGGAACUGCUGCCGACGGUUGUUGCAGCUGGGCUGGACAAGACAGGGACCCUAACUACUGGGGAAUUCGGCGUCCGAGUGCAGGAAAAGUUUUGCAACAGCAGCUUCAAUGCAGACGUGAUGAAGCUGGCAGCGGCAUUGGAAAUGAAAUCUGCGCAUCCAAUUGCCGCAGCAAUUGUCUCCGAGGCCAUGGGCUGUAUUGGCGAGGCCAAUGAGCAUGGCGAGCUGCCUGAAGUAAAGGGCUUCCGCGUCGUUGAUGGUGUUGGGAUUAAGGGCCGCGUACGGGUGGAGUCCUCUUUUGUGCAUGUCUUUGUGGGCAACAAGAGGGUGCUGGACGCCGUGAAUGCGACGCCGGUACAGCAUGCGAAAUUUACCAAUUUUCAGCAGCAGUACCCAAACGACACCACUGUUGCUGUAGUUGUCAACAAGGAGCUGCGCCUGGGCCUUGCAUUGAAUGACACAAUUCGGGAAGAUGCGGCACAGAUGGUGGAGGAGCUUUACGACCUGGGCUGUGACCCGCGAAUCUUCACAGGCGACGCUGAGCUAUCUGGAAAGACAGUCGCCGCGGCUGUCGGCAUUGAUCCAGAUAUCUGCCACUUCUCCAUGAAGCCUGAGGACAAGUAUCAGCUGAUUAGGGAACUGGAGGCAGAGGGAAAGCCUUCGUUGAUGCUGGGCGACGGCAUCAAUGACUCGAAAGCUUUGGCAGCGGCUACUGUCGGCAUUGCAAUGGGCGAGCGAAGUGCAGCUCUGGCUGCAAAGACCGCCGACAUGGUCAUGAUAACUAACAAGAUGAUCCGACUCCCACAAUGCAUUCGAAUGUGCCGCUUUGCCAUUCUGAUGGAGAAGCUGAAUGUUUUCCUGCCAGUGUUGGUGAAGCUGGUGGAGCUUGGCUUUGCUCUAGCUGGCAAGUUGGAGCUUUGGAUGGCCAUUGUUGGAGACCUGGCUACUCUGGUCUUAGUGCUGGUGCUGGGCACCACGGUCCUUUCCCAGCGCUUCUGGAGAGAGGGCAGUGAUGAUAUCGUUGAGAGCUCAAGCUCGGAGGAUGAAUCUUCCUGA